CUGGUCCGGCGUGGGGGAGGGUGGGGGAGGGAGGGGGGGGGGGGACCGGUGGAGUGGAGUGGGGGGUGGGGGCGCUCUGUGGAACGGAGGAGUGUAAACACACAGCACGGCAAAGAGUGCUGCAUUUUGUGUGAUCUCCUUUAAAGUGGACCUGCCGAGCUGAGAGCCCCUCUGAACGGCAGGAGCGACGAUGACUGAGCUGGCUGCUAAGUGGACUUGUGAAUACUGCACCUACGAGAACUGGCCGUCGGCCAUCAAGUGCACCAUGUGUCGUGCCCAGCGGCCCAGCGCGGGUGCUAUCAUCACUGAGGAGCCGUUCAAGAGCAGUCCUGCACUCAAUGCCAGUCUGCACCAGUGGGACCCAGCAGCCCUCGGGAACUGCCCAUCCCAGGGCAGUACUAGCUUACUUAUUUGCCCGGACUCCAGUGCACGACCCCGUGUCCGUAUUGCUGAUGUACCCGAGACAAGUAGCAAGUGGUCCUGCCACAUGUGCACUUACCUGAACUGGCCUCGUGCUAUACGCUGCACUCAGUGUCUGUGUCAGAGACAACAGGCUCAGCAGCAGCAGCAGCAGCAUGGGCAGCAUACAACACAUCAAGGACAUCAUACCCAGCAGCCACGGAGUCCCACAGAGUCACCUCAGACCUCAGGGUCUGGAUGCCGCUCAGCACUUCCAGCAACCACUACAGACCCAUGUGAGGAAUAUAAUGACCGAAACAGGCUAAACACUCGGGCACAACACUGGACCUGCACUGCCUGCACUUAUGAGAACUGGGUCAAGGCACUAAAAUGUGUCGUAUGCGACUACCCCAGGCCUAACAGUCUUCUAGCUGAACCCAUUGAACUGGCCACUGGACCUGAGAGCAAACAGCCUUCCUCAAAAAUUAAUGAACAGGACAGGGACAACCGGAGGGGUGUUGUUGGGCAGGUAGUUGGGGGAUUGGUUAGUGGGGGAGGAGGCUGCAGCAGCAGCCAGAGGAGAUCUCCCCCAACCUCCAGAUCGGAGUCGGACUUAAACAUGGACUUUCAGAGGAUCGAGCUGGCAUCAGGAGCUGGAAUUGGGGGCAAAGAGGAGUUGGAGGUGGACUUCAAAAAACUGAAGCAAAUUAAGAACAGGAUGAGACGGAUUGAUUGGUUGUUCCUCAAUGCCUGUGUUGGUGUGGUGGAGGGAGACCUGGCAGCUGUGGAAGCUUACAAGUCAUCGGGAGGCGACAUUGCACGGCAGUUAACAUCAGACGAGGUGCGCCUGUUGAAUCGGCCCUCUGCAUUUGAUGACGGCUUCACAUUGGUUCACCUUUCUAUCCGUUUCCAGAGACAAGACAUGCUGGCCGUGUUACUCACUGAGGUGUCCCAACAGGCAGUUAAGUGUAUCCCAGCCAUGGUGUGUCCUGAGCUGACAGAACAGAUCCGUCGUGAGGUAGCAGCCUCUCUUCAUCAGCGCAAAGGAGAUUUCACCUGCUAUUUCCUCACUGACCUGGUAACCUUCACUCUGCCUGCAGACAUCGAGGACUUGCCCCCAGCAGUUCAGGAAAAACUGUUUGAUGAGGUGCUGGACCGUGACGUACAAAAAGAACUUGAGGAGGAGUCUCCCAUCAUCAACUGGUCGCUGGAGCUCGGGAAGUUAGACAGCCGCCUGUAUGCACUGUGGAACCGCACAGCUGGAGACUGUCUGGACUCUGUCCUGCAGGCCACUUGGGGCAUCUACGAUAAGGACUUCGUUCUCCGCAAGACGCUCCAUGACAGCCUGCACGACUGUUCUCACUGGUUUUACACACGCUGGAAGGAGUGGGAGUCGUGGUAUUCCCAGAGCUUCGGCCUGCACUUUUCCCUCCGAGAGGAACAGUGGCAGGAAGACUGGGCUUUCAUUCUCUCCUUGGCCAGUCAGCCAGGAUCCAGCUUGGAGCAGACUCACAUUUUUGUUCUUGCACACAUACUUCGGAGGCCUAUCAUCGUCUACGGAGUGAAGUAUUACAAAAGUUUCCGUGGGGAAACACUUGGGUACACUCGUUUUCAAGGUGUGUACUUGCCCCUUUUGUGGGAGCAGAGUUUUUGCUGGAAAAGCCCCAUUGCUCUUGGUUACACACGGGGCCACUUCUCAGCACUGGUGGCCAUGGAGAAUGACGGCUUCGACAAUCGUGGCGCGGGCGCCAACCUCAACACGGACGAUGACGUGACAGUCACGUUCCUGCCGCUCAUUGACAGUGAGAGGAAGCUGCUACACAUUCACUUCCUCUCAGCGCAGGAGAUGGGUAAUGAGGAGCAGCAGGAGAAGCUGCUGAGGGAGUGGUUGGACUGCUGCGUGACGGAGGGCGGCGUCCUGGUGGCUCUUCAGAAGAGCUCCCGCCGCCGUAACCAUCCGCUCAUCACCCAGAUGGUGGAGAAGUGGCUUGAUGGUUACCGGCAGAUCCGCCCUUGUGCCUCUUUGUCCGACGGCGAAGAGGAGGAAGACGAUGACGACGAGUGACAAAACUGUCGUACAGUACGGAGGAGGCGGUCAGCAGGGGUGGGACUCAAACCCCUGUCGGUUUUUCCUUUCCUUUCAUUUCUUUUUUUUUUUUUUUUAAAUCUUUCCUGACACGGACAAACUGUGAAAGUCUUCAGGAGAGGACACCGACCUUCCACUUUGACAGAAGAUACUCGGUCGCACUGUCGUACAUACUCAAAUAAAAAAACAAAAACAAAAAGAUGAAAUAUUUCACUGAAACUGACAAACUCCGCUGUAAGACACAGACGUGGAGAAUAAAUCUAUUUACAAAUGAAGAGGAAAAAAUAAAUCUUUAUCCGUAGAUGUAAAUGCAUGUGGCUGUAAAAAGAUAAACCUGCACACAUAAUAUCCCAG